AUGUCACACGAUUUUUCCAGCGUGCCCUCGCAGGCCAACCCGGCGCCCUACUCGCCCGCGCCAUCGCACUUUUCGCCGUCCAGCAUGGCCGACCUGAGCCAGCAGCAGGCGCGCGCCCAGCAGCCGCAGCCGCAGCAGCAGCAGCAGCAACCUCCGCCGCAGGGUGCCUAUGCCUCUCCUCACUCGUACCCGUCGCCCACCUCGAUGCAGCCCACCUACAGCUACCCUCCGCCGGGGCAGCCCCAGGGCGAGCCCUACCGCGGGUCGCCGUCGGCCGGGAACAUGUCACUGCCGCCGCUGAACCUGCCGCCAAUACGCCUGCAGGACGGCCAGCAGCAACCACCGCCGCAGCACCCGCAGCAGCUCCAGCAGCUCCAGCAGCACCCGCAGCAGCUCCAGCAGCACCAACAACCGCCCAUGGGCUCGCCGCUGCCCCCGCCGCAGCACGCAAUGCAGCAGCACUACCCGCCGCCGGGCUACGCGCACCCGGGCCAGCCCAUGAACAUGGGUCCUGCGCAGUACAAUGCGAUGCGCUACCAGCUGCCCCCGCAGGCCGACCAGCGCGUGCUGUCCGGCGGCCGUCACAAGAAGGAGAUCAAGCGCCGCACCAAGACGGGGUGCCUGACCUGUCGCAAGCGCAGGAUCAAGUGCGACGAAGCGCAUCCCACCUGCCGAAACUGUCAGAAGAGCAAGCGCGAGUGUUUGGGCUACGAUCCCAUCUUCAAGCAGCAGCCUGGCCCGGCCCAGAUACAGCCAGCUCCCAACUCUGCGCCAGCACCGCAUUCCUCGACGCCGCCCGUGCCCGCCCAAGCCCCACCUGUGCCCGCCAACUACCAAAGUCAAGUUCCCCAAGGCUACGCGCCCGCCUCCUCUGCCGGCUACGCGCCUGCCGCAGCUGCCCCAAGUGCCGCUCACGACCCGCAAGCUUUCAACGCCAUUGACCCCGCCCUCGCCGCCGCCGCUGCACCUGGAAUGCACCCAAGCCAGUCUCAAUACAACGGCCUGCCAAUGGACCCCAACUUGAGACAUUCAAGCUACGCGCAACCGCCGCCCCCGCCGGAGCCGCACAGAGGCAAACGGCUCAACAUUGCCGACAUCUUUGGCAUCUGCAACCACAGUCCACCAGAUGUCCCACCCCGGACAGCACCACCACCGCCUGAGAUUGACGAGCAGUUCUCCCAGAUCUUUGUCAACGACUACGUCCAAGGUCUUGACUACAUGUUGCAGACAACGUGGUAUUCCAAGGACAACAAUGCUAUUCACCGCGUCUUCACCAACCAGGCCCUCCACGAAGAAGCAGCCUUCUUUACCGAAACCAUCAAGAACCAGAACAGCGCCGCGGACAUGUCCAGCGUUUUCAGCCAAGAGGCUCGCUUGAUCUGGCGCCUGCUAGGAUCGUGCAAGCUUCCUUCCCCCGCUACCAACGGUAUCAAGGUCGAGGAGGGCGGCGCCCCAGCAGAAUCAGAGGACCUGGCACUCAGGGAAUGCCGUGCCCGGUUCGAUGUUUUGGAAGCCUUGUUGACAAACUCGACCGUCGAGACAAACCCUCUACGUAACCUUACCUACCCGGAAGAUACUCACGAAGAGAAGAGGCAUGAGGUUGACUUCUGGCUCAAUCUUGGUGACUUUGUCCGCUAUGCUGGCGACGAGCGUGCCCCACAGGGCGCUGCUGACAUGGCUCUUGGUACGAUGCGCACGGUACUGCGCGUACAAGAAGUAAGAGAUGCCAUCUACUCGAUAGCCGUUGCUCGACACUACGGCGCGCGGAUAGGAGGCUUCCCGAACGCGCUACCGCAGCUAAUGGACCCACAUGAAGACAGCGAUCUAAGUAAACUUCACGUUGCUAUGUCUUUCAUCAGCCACGAAAGCCGUGCGGGAUCACAGCAAGUCCUAGCCCGAAUCUGUGACAUGGCUAUGCUCUCAUGGGCAGUGGCCAGGAGUCCUUAG